UUGCUAAUUUCGCAUGUAAGUAUUUAUGAAUUUUCAGUUUAUAUAUUUCUGCUUACCGUUAACAUUGGCCGAGUUAAUUUAUUUUAAUGUUUGUUGAUACGGAUGCGGUCACGUCUUAUCUAAAAAUAAUGUAACGGAUAGUGUUUUGCUAAUAUUAGAACGGCAGGUGGAAAAGAUAAUAUUUUUAACAUUAGCAUUUCGCACUCCGUAACUUUCAGUCUUUCAGUAUAACAUUCCAGAUCUUGGCUAUUUAUACUUGAUUUCCGGAAAGUUAAUGCUGAAUUUUUAUCAUAGCAUAUAAUCAAUUAUAACAUCUACCUCAACUUGAGCAAUAAUAACAAUGAGGAAUAGGUUUAGAAACUCGAAUACUCCUGUAAAGGCUGGAGACCUUAUUUUAUCUGAAGAGCCGUUCGCGUAUAUUUUGUCAUCAAAAGAAAAUGGAAAUCGAUGUGAUAAUUGUCUACAAAGCUGUAGAGUGCUGAAGUGUUCUGGGUGCCAGUUUGUUUAUUAUUGUGGGAAGAGCUGCCAGAGAGAUGCUUGGAGUGAUCAUAAGUGGGAGUGUGCAAAUCUGAAGAGAGUUGCACCUAAAAUUGUACCCGAUGGAGCCAGAAUGUUGGCUAAAAUAAUAAAUCGAUUGAAGCGCGGCGAUGGUAACUCCUACAAGGCAUUUUAUACACCAACCUCAUUUAGGAUGUGGAAAGAUCUUAUGUCGCAUUAUUCAGAUUUAAAAAAGGAUAAGAAGAGGAUGGACCAUUUCACAUCAUUGUGUGUAGUGCUGUUUGAAUAUCUUAAAGACAUAUCAUUGCCGAAUACAGUUGACCUUAUGGGAUUGUAUGGGCGAAUGGUAAUCAACAGUUUCACAAUACUAAAUGUGGAUAUGAACUCGAUUGGUACAGGUAUAUACAUAGCUGCAUCCAUCAUAGACCACAGUUGCAAUCCCAACGCAGUGGCCACAUUCGAUGGCAAAACAAUACAUAUAACCGCUAUUAAGGAUAUGCCUUGUUUGGAUUGGAAACAGAUAAGAAUCUCAUACAUAGACCUAAUGAAAACGCCCUUCGACCGCCAGAUGGAGCUACUCGAGAACUAUUACUUCGCGUGCCAAUGUGACAGGUGCAUGGAUGAAACGCAAUUGAAGUAUCUCCAUGCAGCAAAAUGCCUUAAUUCCAGCUGUGAUAAUCCAAUAAAUAUAAAGUGGAAAGAAAAUUGUCAACUCGUUAUGAAAACAGAGAAAACGAGAAGCAAAAUUGAAAAUGGCGCCUUAACUCCUAACGGAACGGAAGCGGGUGACAGAGAUAGUCAUACACAAAAUGGUGUAAUGGAAAGAGAUGGACAUAUAGACAAUGAUAGUAAUAUACAAAGCAAUGGUGUGACAAGCGACAGUGAUAUGGAGAACCAUGUGUUGGAAAGAGAUGGGAUAUGUUGUUCUGAAUGCGGAACUAACUAUACGGAUAAAUAUAUCGAAGUUUUCAAAAAGACAAUGGAAUUUUCGGAAUUGCAUUUGCUGAAUAUGAAAGAAACGACUGUGGCUUACGUGGAUGUUUGCAAGUACUGUAUAGAGCGGCAGGAUGGUGUGCUACAUCCAUUAAACGUGAUGCACGCCCAAACCCUGGACCAGGCGUUCGACGCACUUAUACAAGUACAGCUGUGGGAACAGGCGUGUGUGUACGCUGAGAAACUCUUGCCUUGCUUUAGGUUUUAUUAUGGUCCCCUACAUCCAUUACUGGGCUUGUUACAAAUGAAAUAUGGAAAGAUAUUAUUAUACAAAAUGGAUUUACCGAAAGCUGUGGUUCAGUUCAAGGGUGCUGAAAAAAUAUUGAAAAUCACUCAUGGAGAAAAGCAUCCCCUGUACAAAGAACAAUUAUUGCCUUUGUUACAUCAAGCAAUUAUAGAAAAUUCUUAACUUACAGUUAUUUAGUAGUAUUUGUGUAAGAUUUAAGCGUAAAUGUCAAGUUUUUAAUAGAAUUUGACGGCUCAAUCAGAGAAGAUGUAGAAAGGGGAACGUAUAGAGGCAAUAGUGUUUUUUUAAGUUUACAAGGACCAAUGUAACGGAUCUAAAACAACCUGCCUUAGAUAUUCUAAAUGUCGAAAUAGAUAUAUAAUUUUUUGUAUGUCAGAUCAAAAUCAAAUGUCAAUUAGUUUUAUAAUAUGGCUGUGUGUGCAAUAAAUUAUUUCGAUUUCAA